UAUUUUCCAUCAGCAUAUGAUUGCACAGUGAUAAGUCAUAAUAAAAAUGAGAAAUAUUUUUUAGAGCCGCUAAACAUUUCUCACGGAAAUACUGAUUACCUAGCUCGCGUUUAGAGGACUCAGUUUAAAAAAUCAAUCAAACCGCAGAACAAGCACCAUGAGGGAAAUUUGUCACCUACAAGUUGGACAAUGCGGAAAUCAAAUUGGUGCCAAGUUUUGGGAGGUGAUUUCCGGUGAACAUGGCAUUGACCCCUGCGGCGUUUACUCUGGAGACUCCGAUUUGCAGUUGGAGAGGAUUAAUGUUUACUACAAUGAAGCCUCCGGUGGGAAAUACGUUCCCCGAGCCGUGCUGAUCGAUCUGGAGCCGGGGACGAUGGAUUCGGUGAGAUCCGGGCCGUACGGGCAGAUCUACCGGCCGGAUAACUUCGUUUUCGGGCAGAGCGGGGCGGGGAACAAUUGGGCCAAAGGGCACUACACAGAGGGCGCGGAGCUGGUGGACGCCGUCCUGGACGUCACCAGGAAGGAGGCCGAGAACUGCGACUGUCUCCAGGGAUUCCAACUCACUCACUCCCUCGGCGGGGGCACCGGCUCCGGAAUGGGAACGCUCAUUAUCCAGAAAAUCAGAGAGGAGUAUCCCGACAGGAUCAUGAACACCUUCAGUAUCGUCCCCUCACCCAAAGUCUCGGACACGGUGGUAGAGCCAUACAACGCGACGCUGUCUGUCCACGAGCUGGUGGAAUACACGGACGAGUCGUUCUGCAUAGACAACGAAGCCCUCUACGACAUUUGCUUCCGGACGCUGAAGCUGACGACCCCCAACUACGGGGACCUCAACCGGCUGGUGUCGGCGACCAUGUCCGGGGUGACGACUUGCCUCCGCUUCCCCGGGCAGCUCAACUCGGACCUGCGGAAGCUGGCCGUGAACAUGGUGCCGUUCCCCCGGCUCCACUUCUUCAUGCCCGGCUUCGCGCCCCUCGCCGCCCACGGGAGCCACCAGUACCGCGCCAUCACCGUCCCCCAGCUCGUCCAGCAGAUGUUCGACUCCCGCAACAUGAUGGCCGCCUGCGACCCCAAGCACGGCAAGUACCUCACCGUCGCCGCCAUCUUCCGCGGCAAGAUGUCCAUGAAAGAGGUAGACGAGCAGAUGAUGAACGUGCAGAACAAGAACUCGGCGUUCUUCGUGGAGUGGAUCCCGAACAACUGCAAGACGGCCGUCUGCGACAUCCCGCCGCGGAGCCUGAAGAUGUCGGCGACGUUCAUCGGGAACACGACGGCGAUCCAGGACCUCUUCAAGCGGAUCUCCGACCAGUUCGUCUCCAUGUUCCACAAGCGGGCCUUCCUCCACUGGUACGUCAACGAGGGGAUGGACGAGAUGGAGUUCACGGAGGCGCAGUCGAACAUGAUCGACCUGGUGUCCGAGUACCAGCAGUACCAGGAGGCCACCGCCGACGAAGGAGACGACUCCGAGGAGGACGAGUUCGAGUGUGAACCCAGCGAGCUUGGAACCCUCGGCAGGUCCCAGUUCCACGUCCAGGGACAGAGUACCAGGCAUUCCUCCAGGAUGGACACCGGUACCAUCAAGAGCUCCGAUUAUGGUAGUCGUUCUGAUCGCGUUGGUGAUGGCUUCUGAAAGCCCCCCCCCCCCCAUAAGAGUGCAAGAGAGGUGCCCUGAAAACUCUACUGGAAAAAAAAGGUUUGGUUAAUUUCGGCAUAGUCAGAGACAAG